AUGCCUCCUACUACCAGAUCCAAAGCAACGAAGAUUUCUAACUCUACGUCCGCGCCGGAAGAGUUCAUACACAAGUCCUCUACCGCCGGAGCUCGCAGAGCAAAGGAAACUUCUCAACUGUUGAGCAGUCCAAAGGCGUCGGCGCGACAGCUUCCUGUUCCCAGAUCCCGCAGAGCAAAGGAAACUUCUCAACUUUUGAGCAGUCCAAGGGCGGCGGCGCAACAGCUUCCUGUUCCCAGAUCCCGCAAGGCAAAGGAGCCUUCUCACCUCGCAUCGGCUCUAUCGGAAGUGUCGACUCGAGUACUUCCAGACAACGCGAUCGUUCAUUGGCCCUGUCGGACUUGUUCCUGUCCCCAAGGUGUUUUCACUCCACCGAUUGACGUGUGCAUGUUCUGUGAACACGAUAUGGAUGACCAUGACCUUUCCACUGACAAUAUAGCAUGGGAUCCAAAUGUCUGCCAUGUGAGUCAAAGAGAAGAACUUGUUGCUGCUGCCCUCCGACUUGUGCUAGAGAAAGGGGUGGUUGUCAUACGUGCCACUCCACAAGUUGGGAAAACGACACUGCUUGUGCUGCUAGGUCGACAUAUUUUGUAUAAUCAUCAUUCUCUCGAACCAAUCUGGAUGCAGUGGAAACGCAAAGAAGAUCGGAACGGCCUCAACUACAUAGAGUAUCUUAAUCAAGAAGCAAAGGAAUGGCAUAGAAUUAAUGCUCGACACCGGCCCAGUCAUCCAAACGCAAAGAAGAUAUAUCUUAUCGACGAGGCGCAGAAUUCUUACUCUGAUGUUGAAUUUUGGACCCGCGUACUGAAGAACAGAUACACCAGAUCACGAUCAUUAUUUGUACUGGUGUGCGUCUAUGGAUCCACCACCGAUUCCUUGACACGGUUCAUAGGAAGGGAUCAGAACAUUCAAUCUGAAGCCAUUAAGAUUGAUCAGAGCCAAAGGAUCGAUUUACGUCCUUCCGUGAAGGGUGGAUUGUGUAUGCAAUUCACUUGGAAAGAGACCGAAGACGUUGUCCAAAAAUGGGCGUAUGACAACAAGUUCAAGCUCAUGGGUAAUGUGGGGCAGUAUAUGCAUACUGCAACCAGUGGUCAUCCCGGCAUGCUUGGAAUGCUUUUGAUGUCUUUUGAUUCUUGCUUCUCUCAGCUGGACAGCAAAGUCCGAUUGUCAAGAACAUGGACACCAGAGCUUUGCCAUUCCAUUAUCACCAAUCAAGUCAAUUAUCUGGAUGUGCUUGAACGUUGUGGUAGAGGGGUUUGGACAACGGAUGCGGAGAGUUUCUGUCUGAACGCUUUGUGGAGAGAAGAAUAUGCUGAUAUCAAAUAUGUGGACGUUGUCAAAGCCAUGUCAAAAGCAGCAAUGCAGCGCGACGGCUACGUUCAUUCACAGACAGGUUUCGAUGCAUUUGCAUUUUGUCACAAAAUGGGAUUUCUGCACACAGAACCUUUGGCUGGGACGGACAUGGAGAUCAAAUACGUAUUUGCGUCCCCAGUCCAUCGAAGAGUUGCGCACAGGCGCCUCUUACCAGGUCCCGACCCAGACGCAGCAGCAGAUGGCCGCACGCUCUUGCAGGUAUGCCUGAAUGCAAUCGAAGGGAUAAGUCCAUCUGCCAUACAAAAUCGAUCUAAUGAUCGCUGGAGCAUUCCAGAGGCAGCAUUCCAGGAUGAGAUGUAUCGUUGCCUUUUUCGCGAGCUCCACCAUCUACCUAUCCUGUCCGAGUAUUCCCAUUCUUCGAGUGGUAAAGUCGACUUCUAUGUUUUCAACAAGAAAUGGGGUAUCGAAAUUCUUCAGUCUGGAAGCAAGGCACAAAUUAUGGAGCAUGCGGCUCGGUUUGGACCAGGAGGUAAAUACAGCACAUGGAACAUCCUUGAGGAUUACAUCGUCCUCAACUUCUGUCCCAAAACUAAGCUUCGAAACCUCGAGGUUCAAGACACCCAACUCAAAUCUCAUAUCAUGCAAAUUGUUAUAGAUGCUCAUGCACGUAUCGCCGAAGUAUACACCUACGACACGCAGUUGAAGGCUAGCUUCACGUUAGGUGAAGGACGGUAUGGCUCCGGUACUGGGGCGUACAAUCUGGGAAUGCCAAAUGAGGAGUCGAAUGGUUCGACGGCUGAUCGCGGUCACGCCUUCGGUACAUUGGAUAUGGCGCUGCUGCUAAGGGGCGAGAGAGAUUCAAGGAGACAAGUGCUCCAAAUGUCGAUGGAGCAGAUAUUACAGAUGCCCGAGGAGGAGCGAGCAAUCAUAUUGAGUUAUUUCACUACGGGAUAA